ACAGUCAGUGACACUUCCACAAGACUCAUCCUGUCUCUGAAUAUCCAACAGGACUUGUUUCUCUUCUUUCAACUAUUGCUUCUUCUGUUUGAUUUUCUCUUCUUAAUAAUCUAAAUGUUCACGUUUUUUCUUUGUCUUCGCUUUCCCUCAGUGUUGAACCAGACCUGCCCCAUUCUUUCCUUCCUUAAAGUCUAUCUGUGACGUUAGUUCUCACGUGGAUCUCUGAUGUCUACCUAUACAUUUCUGUUUCAACCUUUAUUUGCACCACUGGUCAAAGCAAACUAUGUGCUGAUGAAGUAAGAAGCAAAAGCAAGAUCUUGAAAAGUCAUUUGAACAAGCUGAUAUGACUCAAUUUCCUUCUAUAUUCAAAUGAAAAACUAACCUAAAGUGUAAGACCUGGAUUACAGGGUUGAGUUGAGUGAUUUCUUUUUUUUCUUUUUUGUAACAGAAGAACGUGAAGAUGAAAAGUUUACAUGCUGAACAGCUUCAAUGUACAACCUCUAAGGAACAUUUUGAGGAGAAGACUUUGUUGACAACACUCAGAGAACCAGCUGAUCAUUCCACCAUCCAAACGCCAUUGCUACCAUGUCAGGCAGCAGCCUGUCCUUAUGUGGGAUUAAGUGAUGCUGGAACCAUAUCUGAAAGAAGCCUCUUGGAGGGAUCCAUCCUCACAUGCACAGCAGGGGAUGAUCACAGGAUGGCAGCAACAGUGUUAGUUCAGCCCUGCUGGAACAUGUAACACCAAAGGCUCCUUUUUUCUUGCUGGUUAUAUGUGCCAUAGGCUAUGGAUGGGUGAAAUGGCAAAGAAGAAGGAGGGAGUUACAAAACCAGGAGAUUAUAAGUAAGCUUUGAAAGAGAAGCUUAAGAUGAUUCCGAACAGCAGCAUAACCCAGCAGAUCUACUCCUCCAAUGAGACGCUGCCAGACACCUCAGAGAGGCUCCGCACCAUUCUCAUAGCCCUGUACCUCAUCAACCUGGCCGGCGGCACCCUUGGGGUCAUCAUGAUGUCCCAUCAGUUGUUUCAAAGACGAUCGCAAUCUGUGAUGACCAUUAUCAUCAUCAGCCUUCUGGUGCUGCAUACCUUGAUGCUACUCAGCAUCCCCUUCCGCCUCAGCUAUUACAUUUUACAGGAAUGGAAAUUUGGGAGGUUCACCUGUAAGCUAGCAAGCGCCAUCAUCUACCUCCACAUGUACACCACCUUCAUGUUUUACGUGGCUAUCAUCAUAAUACGCCUCCUCCGCCUGGAGUUUAGGAAGUGCUACACCACCACCUGGGUGGGUGCUGUCUGGCUGGUGGGAGCACUGGUGGUCACACCGGUUCUUCUCUCCCACUAUGGCACCUCUAAGACGUACAACCCCUCCGAAUGCUUUCAGUUCCACAAGGAGAUACAAGAGGUGCCCAUGGUGAUCACAAACUACUGCUUGGUUGGGAUUUUGGUGGCAGUUUGUGCUGUGCUUACUGUCAUCCAGUUGUCUGUCAUCUGUAGACUGGCUGUGAAAUACUGGCCUGACAUCAACUCCCAUGUGGAAUUCAGGGCUCAGGCAAAGAGUUUCUUCUUCAUCCUGGUAACAUUAGUGUGUUUUAUGCCUCAUCACGUGUUCAGAGUAUAUUACAUCCAAAACUGCCACCUGGACAAAGACCAUAAACUCCUUCCAUACAACGAAAUUUUUUUAGCUUUAACAGCAAUGUGCUGCUUGGAUAUGUUGUGCUUCAUAGCAGGAAUAGCCCACUGAACUUGCAGCCACCAGGAAAUCCAGCUGCAGGGUGUCAGUACCAGCUUUUAGCAGAAAUAAAACUGUGUCAGGACCUUGCUGAGCCGGGGAGACUGCUGAGCCUUCAGCAUGGCUGUGUGUGUCUGUAGCAUAGUUUGGCUUGUGCAGACCAGUAAGAUCUAUCUUUCAGAAGCUACUGGGUUUUAUUUUCUCCCUUGAAGGCAGACACUUGGCUCUUACUCUGGUCUUUGACCUAAGAGUCAUGCCCUGAAGCUUUAACAAGACUUUCCUCAGCUGUCCGUCUCUAACAAUUACAGCACGAGCAUCCGUUCCUUUCUAUUUUUCCCUCAAAGUAUCUCAGUAACAACAACCCACUGUGUCCAAUAAGUUGUCCACUCUGAAGGUUUAAUGAAUUCUUCUGGAAGUUGUGAUACUGAGGGGAAGAGAGAGAAGAAAGAAAUUCUCUUACAGGAUGUUUGUACUAGUGAUUUUAGAUAGCAAGGACAUAGACUCUGUUCAAAUAAAAAGUAUUCAAGGCAUGAAACAGGGUAUGAAUGAAAUACUGUAGUAACAUAUUCCAGAAGAAUCCUUUUCUUUGCUUAUACAAAUAUUAAAUUAAAUUAUAUGAAAAAACUUAUCAGUCUCACAAGGUCACCUUCGCUUCAUUUCAAAACCACAAGCAGCUCACUGAAUUGUGGUAAUCACAUGUAUAGAGCAAGUGAGAGCGGAACGGGCCACAGCUUUCAAAACUUCUGCCUUGUGUCACUCUCCUGUCAGGGCUGGAUCUGUGGCUGUUAUCCCUUAGGUCAAUUCUAGCCAAAGAAAUACAAGUUAAUGUGGUCCUAUAACUGGAUCUGGAAUUCAGAUCAAGGGGUCUGUUCCUUUACUGGUGGAUCAGCUGCUCUCUAGGAGAGGGAGAUAUUUUAUCAGCCUUCAAAAAAACCUUUGAUGUCUGGUCACUUUCAGUUGCUUGUUGAUUUAUUAUCAGAUACCAUAUUUUUUCCAUUUGCCCAUCUAACGAAGUAAAAUUAGAAUAAAUUUAACUGAACUGUGUUUAAUCAGUUCAACAUA